AUGAUAACUUAUAGAACAGAAGGUCAGAAACGAGAAUGGGAAAUACUAUUGCAACAACGAAUAUUACGAAGUCGUGCAAAAAUUUCACCCAGAUUUACGACGAUCCCGGUUUCAGUGCUAAUCGAUGGACGUACACAGGUGAUGAAGAAAAAAAUUGGCAUGUCACAAACGACGAAUGAAAUUUUGCGCGAACUUGUUGAUGAAUUAGCUAUACCAGUGGAGGAAGAAGUGGAAUUAUCAUUUGAUGCGGGUAAUGGAGAUGGUAUAAGUACAUUACAAGGACCGGAAUGUGUCUUUUGUAUUGUGAUGGAACAUGUUAAGAAUACCGGUUAUCGGUUAUCUGAAAUACAACUGGAAAAGAUCGAUGCAUUAUCGUUAAUUCAAUGUCGCUUAGUGUUAGCUUCUGCUGGCAACAGUCACUCAUCAACAUCUUCCAUUGUUUCACAUUUCAAGCGUGUAUUAAGUCGAUCAGAGUCUCGACGUUUCUUUGGACGACCAUUGGAGGGUUCAUCGCCACCACAACCAGUGCUAACAAUGAUUGACCAUUUGAUGCUUCACGGAGUGGACAUCGAAGGUUUGUUUCGGAAAUCACCCAAACAGAGUACUGUACGUAUGCUACGAGCACAACUUGAUCGUGGUUCAGUACCGGAUUUCUAUCAAUUUAAUCCACAUGUUACCGCUGCCCUUCUAAAGGAAUAUCUUCGAGAAAUCCCUGGGAAGUUAUUGCUAUCGGGAAAUUUCGAGUUAUGGGCAUCAGCAAUGGAACAAACGUUAGACUGUCAAAAAGCUGUGCGAAGAUUGUUGCAUAUGCUACCAUCUGCACAUUCCGCUCUUCUCUCCAAAUUUCUUCGAUUACUUCGAGCUAUUGCAAAUUCACCGCAAUCCAAAAUGACCGCUCAAUCAUUAGCUGUUUGUAUUGCACCCAGCCUUCUUGACAAUCCAAAAGGAGAUUCGGCUACAAGUUGGUUACCAGAUUUAGCGGAAUAUCUUAUUGUUAAUGCACCGUUCCUUCUUGAACCGUUCAAGGAUGUUCAAUUUGCUAUCUCAUCAUCUGUUUCCAAUGAUUCCGGAUUAUCGGAUGUUGAUUUAUGCUUGGAAACAUCGGUUAGCAAUUCGGAUUCCGGUGUAGUUGAAUCACCCGCAUCCAGUUGUUCCUUAGGUGUAUCACAAUCACCCAAGUUAACUUAUAGCAAAUGGGAACAUCGUCCUCUACGAACAUCAUCUUCAGGAUAUUUUGUGAAUAGUAGUAGCAUUUCAACAGAAGGUGAAGAGGAGGAGGAAGAAAUUGGUACGGAGGUGGAACCGGAAGAUGAUGAUAAAACUCCAGUACUUUCACGUGAAAAUUCUGAUGUACAAAAUAAAUCAAUAACACCAUUAUGGAAAUGGGAAAAAAAUGGGGCGAAAAGAAAAAUUGAAGAAAAGUCGUUUUCACGUGGUCCAUCAAUUUGUUCAAAUUCAUCCAGACGAAAUACAAUUAUUAAUGAUGAAAAUGGUGACAAACGAUGUACGGAAUGGAAAUUUCGACGAGAAUUUGGUACUUCAUCACCAUGUCGACGAAAAAUUGAAGGAAGUCCAGCAUCACUUCGUCGAUCAAAUACCUUAGAUGGUAGUCCAUCAUCCAGUCGGAAAUCUGUUAUAUUUGAUCCAGAAAGUCCACUGUUAGCACGUAAAAGUUCAACAAUAAGUACAGCAUCGUUGCAUUCCGAUUCAACCUUACAAACAUUGCUACCAACAGAUUUGCCCGAAAGUCCAGUUCUGUUGCGUAGAGGUAGUUCAAAACGUGCUGACAAAAGUCCUGUCGUGCAAAGAAAGACAACAAUUCCAAUGAUUGAUUCAGGAAUUCAUUUUGCUUCACCACUUCCACCACGUCGAAGAGAGAUGGAAGCACAAGGCGUCGUAAAUUCACCUUUAAUCAGACGAAAAGAUUUAGAAACCAAUUCAUAUUCUUCGGUAAUACGACGUAAAGAAUCUCUUCUUGCACAAACACGACGUGAAUCAUUCAGACGACAAUCAGAAAACACCACUAAUGAACCUGGACCAUCUAGUAUUCGUGAUACUAUAACACGUAAAUAUUCAUUUCCGGAAGGUAAAAUCCGGUAUAUUGAUGAUGCGAGUACAUAUCAUCGUCAUCAACAACAACAACAACAACAACAUCAUAAUGGUGCGGAAAGUGCAUUAUUAGGAAUGAAAUCAUUCCAGAUGCCAGUAAUAGCAUCACCAAUUCUUCGUACAAGUAAUACGCAUAAUAAAUUAUUGGUACGACGUGCAUCGGAACAUAUUGGUGGUGCUGAAACGAAUGCAUCAAAAUUAAUAUCCAGACAAUCACCACCACAUAAAGCAGAGUUGAAGCAAAAUAGCGCUUCUGUAAUAGAUCUUAAUUUGAUUCCCAAUAAAUCUGAUGCUAAUAAUUUUAAAGAUAUUACAAUUAGGUCUAAUUCAGAAAAUCAUAAUCAUAAUAGCAAAGUGGAAGCUGAACUUUGUUAUUCAACAGCUAAUGAGGUCAGGAAGGUCGUAGAAGCUACAAAUGCUAAUCGAAUUUUACCAAAAUCACCAAAGCAAUCAAUGAUUAAAAAAGAGGUUAAGAAGUGUAAUGAUACUGAAGCAACUGUAAUACACGUAAGGAAUGAUGUACCACCACGUAUGCCGUUGCAACAACGUGAAUCAACAGUGAGCAAUAAUGUUCGAAUUCGAAAGAAAACUCGAAGCAUUCUAAUGGAACCAUUGGAAGUGAACUGGUCAGUGGAUGAGAUACGUUCAAAAUUUCAAAAAGCUGAACCACCACCUCUUCUUGAUACCAUUUAUUCUAAUUAUUCAUUGAAAUAA